AUGUCGCCUCGACGUGGAGGUUAUAGUAGCUAUACGUCGGGCUAUGACUCGAGUCCCUGGAGCGAGGAGACUCAGUUGGGUCUCGACUAUUCCGUACGGGGCCUCUAUAUUGCCGGAUUUGCCUUCGAUAUCCUUACUGCCAUAGCCUUCGUCGCGUUUCUCAUUUGGUCAUGCACAAUUCGCAAUCGUGGUCUCCCACUGAAAGGGCUCAUCUUCACCCUCUUUGCUUAUAUCUUGUCUGAGCUGUGCACAAUCAUCUAUGGAGCACUACACAUCGCCGAAGCCUACGUCACAGAGUACUACCGCGUCAUCUUGAUGCUUGGGAUUUUCUUCAAUCUGCUCGCCACUGUACUUGCAUUUUAUGUUUUCUGGAGCCUCAUCCAUCGCUUGCUGGGACGUCUCAUAGAUUCCGGAAAGCCAUAUGCGGCAGUGACGAUCAUCCAUUGGAUUCUACUCGGCAUCCUCUCGGCAGUUUCACUCGCCGACUGGGCCUUGUAUGUCGCUUGGGAAGUCAGAGAAGUGACAAUGUCCGUCAGUAUGGAGCUCACAUUAGCCUGGGUGGACCUCGAUAGCGCCCUGACCAUCAUCGUCUGGCUGCUAUCGAUGGAAAUUAUGGCUUGGACAAUCUUCGUUACUGUCAAGGCUGGAACCCAUCGUUUCCUGUCGAGGACACCCGCUAUCUCCCUCUUCGUCGGCUCCGUCUGCUUUUUCGCCGUGAACCUGAUGUGGGCCAUCCUCGCCAUCCGCUACAACCUCGAGAACAAUAAAGACUAUCCCGUCUACCUGAUGACCGCCAGGUCUGUCAUCGCAUUUGUGUUCCUGGUUGGUACCUUCAUGGGCAUUGUCCUUUGCUGCGCCAAAUGGAGCUCCCUCGGUACUGGGCCGGAUAAGUAUGAGCAUGCUGCUGUUACUGGCCAGUACCCGUCUCAAUAUCCUCCUGGCCAGUACCCUGCGUACCCGCAGUAUCCUCAGGGACAGCAUCCUCCCGCUCAGUAUCCUCAUGGCGCUUCUCCUUACCAGUAUCCGGCGUAUGGUCAAGUUCCUUCAGCCCCAGUUCCAGCUCCAGCUCCAGCUCCAGCUCACUCGCCCCAACCUCAUUCGCCUCAGUAG